CGCACCACACAACAGAGCAGUUCUCACUUCCACUGAGUGUUCCACUGAAUUCUGCAUUCUGUAUCUCUGCGAUUACAGGCUGGUCCUCUCCAUAACUACAAUGAACGUCUCUGAGGAAGGAAUGCAGAGCUUCAGUGCCUCCCACCAUGAGAACAUUAUCUUUUCUACUUUUUACAUCCUGGUUUUUAUCAUCGCAGUGCCUGGGAAUGCUCUGGCGCUGUGGGCCUUCUUUCAACAGGACAGCACAUCUCCAACUAAGGUCUUCCUGAGGCACCUAUCUAUAGCAGACAUUUCUUACAUCCUCAUUCUACCUAUGCGCAUAGUUUAUCACCUUUCUGACAGCCACUGGCCUUUUGGACAUGUAGUCUGCCAGCUAGCAGGCUUUCUCUUUUACCUAAACAUGUACUGCAGCCUAUACUUGAUGAGUUUCAUCAGCCUAGACAGAUUUCUGGCUGUGGUUCUACCUCUAAGAUCACGGUCAGUUAGGAAGGUUAUGUACGCAAAGGUAGUUGUUGGCAUACUUUGGGUAACAGUAAUUGUGUCUAUGAGUCCUAUACUUUUCUCAAAAAAGAAUACUGCCAACUCAACUGGCUCCUGCAACAAGUUGUACCUAGAAAAGACAUCGCCCACAGCUUUGAUCUCGACUGUUGUCGCAUUUGUUAUUCCCCUUGUCACCAUAGUGGUUUCCUAUAUUCUGAUUUUGUUGAAGCUAAGCGCACUCAAGCAACAGGAACAACGACCUGUGAAAAACAAAGCUAUCAAAAUGAUCAUACUCAUCGUGAUGAACUUCCUCUUUGCAUUUGUGCCCUACCAUGUGAGCAGGGUAAUCUACAUCCAACACCACAGUCAUGAAUUUAUGACUGCAGCAAGCCGUGAGUCACUGGGAAGAGCCAAUCAGAUUACAUCUGCGCUCACCUGUGUUAGUGGCAUACUGGAUCCUGUGAUGUAUUUCUUCCUGAACCGUGCAUACAGAGACAGACUGCGUCAUCUGUUCUGUAAAAACAUGGAAGAUAAUCAAUAAGAGGUGUUAAUAAUAAUAAAUCGUCUACUAGUCUCAGUAAUGUGGGCAGUCAUUGCUGUUCAACAUAGAGCUGCUGUUUGGAGAACCUUUGUAGGUACUCUGUUCUCAGGUGUGUGGGACUCCUGAUAGUACCAGCACUAAGGACUUUUUUCUGUUUGUGUUAUUUAGGUAUUUAUAAAUUCUAUUGUGCAGUAGUUCAGAGGGAAGAAGUGCCAACAGUGAUAAACGUGUGUUUUCAUUUUUAGAUCUUUAUCACUUAAAAGAAGAAGAAGUAAAAACCGACAUCACUUCUUACUCACUUGAUCUUAUCAGCAGCUAUUUUAACACAUACAGUGACACACAUAUUUAGAUUUAAGAUUUUAAAUGGAGGCUGAGUUCCCUCUAACUUUGCCCCAAUAUCUUUUUAAUUGGACCUAAACCUCUUGAAAAUAUGAUAUGACAGAGUUGACUUCAUUAAAUAUAGAAACACUACAGAAAAAAGUUUAGCUUUUUUAUGCACUGGUCAUUUUUGCUUUAAUAACUUCUUAUUGGGUCUGUAGAACAAAAGGAUUAGAUAAUACCUCAUUUGCAUAUUCAAACAAAGAAAUAAUCCAAAAUUUAAAAAAAUUUUUUACAAUUGUCUUAAUGUAGUUUUCUACUAGGGAAGUUUCAUGGUGAUAUCUAUUGGUUUUUUUGUUUUUUUUUACCUUGUAGUGUCAACAAUACAUAUAUUUCUUUUCAUAACCACUUCAGUAGCAUUUACAUACACCAAACCUUCCAGUUUUAUUUCUAUCUAUAUUCUUUCAUUUUUUACAGAACAAUUUGUUCAUGUAUCCUUCACAUAUUAUGUAGUAUUUCCUGUCAGAGAUUACCAAAAUCCCCUCUGCAAAAAUGUAUGACUAUUAUAUCAAAACAACACAAAAUAAAACAAGAAAUUUUAACCUGGCUUUAUCCAUUGUUCUGGGAAUGUAUGCAGACUGUCGCAUUUUUUAUGAGAUAAUGCAUCAUUUGCAUAGUCAAACAUAACAUAUCAGGAAAAUUGUAAUACAAAACAUAGUUGUCUUAAUUUAGUGCAUGUCAGAAAGUAAAUGUCAAGUUGCCGGUUCAUUUGUCACAGUAUGAACAAUGCAGUGAAUUGUGUUGUACAAGAGGAACUGGUCAGCUCAGACAAGACCACAAUAGUUGUGUAACAACAAUAGUAAUAUGAGAUAUGUAUGAAUGUUCUAUACACUGUACAAGAAGUUGUGAUGACUAUGUUACUUGUAUUACUGUAUAAAUAGAUAUGAUGGCUUAUGAGAAUGCAUUUAUGUCCUGUCAAGCUUCAUCAUAUCUCUGCUUAUAUUCCUGAUGUUUCCUGAUGUUUGAAAAUAAUUUCACCCUGGGAUUAUUAAAGUAUUUCUGAUUCUGA